ACCUCCGCUCAGGACGAACAGGACGCACGCGAGACGAACACCCCGCACGACACGCUCCGUCGCUCUUCCACCUCUUCGCGACUGCCAGCCGGUCACCCGCUACCGGAAGCGCGGCGGUAGACUUAGCUAGUCGUCAAAUUCAGUGUCCUUCUUCCCCUCGCGGUUAGCUACUCGGGAGCCAGCCGUCUGAGAGGAGCAGAGGGGCCCUCGUGUGCGUACGCCGGUAUGACAGGAGCGCCGGUCUGCAGUGUCGGAUAAGGUGCGCAGCGAUCGUUGCGCGAGAACCGCCGCUCCCAGAGGCCUGCGCUGCCGCUGACCCACUGGGCGGCCGUCGAGGCACCACUUCCGCGAUCGCCGUUCUGAACGAGGUAAAGCCGUCAUUACAGCUUGCUGUCGGGUCGUACUGUGUGUAAGAACGUCAGAAGGCACUGAAGUAGCUGCGUAUAGCCUGUAAGGACAUUCGCAAGAUUUUGUUGCCUGAGUGUGCUGUCAGUGUAAGGACAUACUCAAGAUUUUGGUGCCAGUCUGUGCUGUUAUAGCACGAGCGAGCAUCCGUCGAGAUGGGCUGCGGACUGACGUGGGUGGAUUCGGCUCUGAACCGCGGCUUCUACCGGCUGGGGCUGCUGGUGGGCCGCCGGCCGGGGUACUUCAUCGUGGUGCCGAUCCUGCUGUCGGGGCUGUUCGCCACGGGCUACCAGCGCAUGCGCUACGAGAUCGACCCCGAGUACCUGUUCAGCCCCGUCAACGGCGAGGGCAAGGCCGAACGCGCCAUCGUCGAGCAGUACUUCAAGCCCAACUACACCAGCCGCUUCAACGUGGGACGCAUCACGAGGCCCGGCCGGUUCGGGCGCGUGAUCGUGACGCCGCGCGAGGGCCACGACAUGCUGCGGCAGGAGAUCUGGGCGGAGCUGCGGCAGCUGGACGCGCUGAUCCAGAACGCGACGGUGCAGUGGGAGGACGGCGAGACGUUCACGUACCGCGAGGUGUGCGCGCGUUGGGAGGACCAGUGCUUCCACAACGACAUCCUCGAGCUGGACCACGUGCUGGCCGACGUGGAGACGCGCCGCCUCAACCUCACCUUCCCCAUCAUGUUCAACCCCGUCACGUGGCACGCGCACGCCUUUCCCGUCUUCUUCGGCGGCACCGUCGUCUCCGACGAGGGCACCAUCAUCAGCGUGCCCUCGGUGCAGCUCGUCUACUUCGUCACCGCUGACACCAAGCGCCAGGACGCCAGGGGCGCGGCGUGGGAGGACGUGUUCCUGGACGUGGUGGGCGAGGCGGACGCACACACCUUCAAGCACAUCUCGGUGGCGCGCUUCGCGUCUCGCACGCUCGACAUCGAGCUGGAGCGGAACACACGUACCGUCAUCCCUUACUUCAGCACCACAUUCAUCAUCAUGGCCUUCUUCUCCAUCACGUCGUGCAUGAUGGCGGACUGGGUGCGCUCCAAGCCAUGGCUCGGUUUCCUGGGCAACAUCUCGGCCGUGAUGGGCACCGGAGCUGCCUUCGGGCUCGUCAUGUACUUGGGCGUCGAGUUCAUCGGCAUCAACCUGGCCGCGCCCUUCCUCAUGCUAGGAAUCGGCAUCGACGACACAUUCGUGAUGCUGGCGGCGUGGCGGCGCACGCCGGUGACGCUCACCGUGCCCGAGAGGAUGGCGCGGACGCUGAGCGAGGCGGCCGUCUCCAUCACCAUCACCUCCUUCACCGACAUGAUCAGCUUCUGGAUCGGCAUCAUCAGCCCCUUCCCCUCUGUGCGCAUCUUCUGCAUCUACACAGGCUUCGCCGUGUGCUUCACUUUCCUGUGGCACAUAACGUUCUUCGCGGGCUGCAUGGCCCUCUCGGGAUACGCCGAACAGCGCAACCUACACUCUUUCACCUGCAUGCGCGUGCUGCCCGUCUCAAAAUCAGACAAGAAACCCCGCUGGUACCGCUGGCUGUGCACCGGCGGCAUCGACCCCGCGGCGCCCGACGACCCGCGCGACAACGGCGAGCACGCGUGCAUGGCGUUCUUCCGCGACCACGUGGCCGCCCUGCUCAACAGGCGGUCCGCCAAGGCGGUCGUGCUGGUCGUGUUCGCCGCCUACCUGGCGGGCGCCUGCUACGGCAUCACCACCAUGCAGGAGGGCCUGGAGCGACGCAAGCUGUCCCGCGCCGACUCCUACUCAGUCGAGUUCUACGAGCGCGAGGACUUCUACUUCCGCGAGUUCCCCUACCGCAUACAGGUUGUUAUCACAGGAAACCUGAACUACUCUGACCGAGCCGUGCAAGACGAGAUCGAGAACCUGACGCAGACGUUCGAGAACACGACUUUCAUAUCUUCACCGCUGUACACGGAGUCGUGGCUCCGCUCCUUCGUGGGCUACAUCAGGAGGAACGAGGACUACCUCAACGUCAGCAUCGACACAGAAGAGGACUUCAUCAACACACUAAAAGAGUUGUGGUUGUUCAAACCAAACCCGUUCUCGCUAGACGUGAAAUUCAACGAGGAUGGAACUAGGAUCAUCGCCUCUAGAUUCCUGAUACAAGCUGUCAACAUUUCAACAUCCAACGACGAGAAGGCCAUGGUGAGGGCGCUCAGGAAAAUCUGUCAUGAAUCGCCACUCAACGUCAGCGUCUUCCAUCCGUACUUCGUCUUCUUCGAUCAGUUUGAAUUGGUACGGCCGACGUCGAUCCAGAGCAUGAUCAUCGGCGCCUCGAUCAUGAUGCUGGUGUGCUUCAUCUUCAUCCCGAAUGCUCUGUGCUCGCUGUGGGUGGCGUUCUCCAUCAUAUCGAUCGAGGCUGGCGUGGCCGGCUACAUGGCGCUCUGGAGCGUACGCCUCGACUCCAUCUCCAUGAUUAACCUCAUAAUGUGCAUCGGCUUCUCCGUGGACUUCACAGCACACAUCUGCUACGCCUACAUGUCUUCCAAGGCCACGCACCCUGAGGAGAGGGUGAAGGAAUGCCUGUAUGCACUGGGGCUCCCUAUCAUCCAAGGAGCGUCCAGUACUAUUCUGGCUGUGAUCUCCCUGCUACUGGCAGGCAGUUACAUCUUCUUGGUAUUUUUCAAGAUGGUGUUCCUGGUCAUCUUCUUUGGAGCAAUGCACGGCCUCUUCCUGUUGCCAGUCCUGCUGUCGAUAUUUGGGCCCGGUUCCUGCACGCGAAGGAAGAAGGAGGAGGACGGCGAAGCACCUGUUGAGACCCACCUGUCGGCAGUGGAGAAGGCUUUCCCACAUCCCUACUGUAUUCCGCAUCCGUCUCUUCAGCCGACUCACCAAAACGGGUACCCUUUCCGCAAAGCAAACGGUGAUGCCGGAGUCACUCCUCAGCCGCUCUUCCUGGGUGGUUCGUCGGGCACCCCGUUCCACCACCAUUUCGGGGUGCCUCUGUCUGGGCUUUCACCGUACAGUGGCGGAAAGUACAGCGACGGGAACGGUGGCGGCGUAGAGAAGGAUCUGGGUCUGGGAACGUCGGGAGAAGACUCCAGCGAGUCCAGCUCCAGCAAGUCCCAGAGGCGUCUGCAGAAGAAGACGACCGCGGCCGAGGAAGAAGACGAGGAGGAGGCGGCGCAGAGACGCCGCUACCAGGAAGGGUGGCGCAAGUCGUCGGCCAGCCUGGAGGUGUUCCGUAGGAUCCCCGAGGCGUACAACAACUCUGGCUACGUCAGCGACGAGGAGGGGCGCGGCCGACCUCGCCACUGGCAAGAUGGCGAAGCCCCGCGUGGCCGCGCGCGCCCUCGCGACGACGCCCACAUCCCUAGGAGGUACACCGUGCACGAAACGAACGGCGCGCAUGCGCACAGCCGGCCCAGGUCCCGCUCGCAGCACUCGCCGCGCACCGGCCACCAGUACCAGGUGCACUCCAGAGGCGACCACAAGUUCCGCUGACACCGCGGGCGAUACCUCGACGUGCGUCGGCCUGCCCAAGCUCCGGACAGUUCUCAGCCUCAGGGACCACAGAGAUGGAAACAACCUCCGGAGUACCGUGAGGACAGUUCGUCGGUUAAAUGACACCGCUUACAGAUCUCCAUUGUAGUCCAUUAAAGUGCGUGAACGGUGUCUUUAAGGUGUCUUGCCUCCAUGAUAAUUCACGAGGUCUGGUAGGUGUAACGGCUAUGUUCAAUACCAACUUUUUGGGAGUAAAUACCAGAAUAAUGUGGAGGAAGCGGGAAGGUAAGCUAGUUGUUACUCCUCCAAUUGUUUCACGCGGACUGACACUUUCCGUGGUCAGAAUGUUCAGCAGGACGUUACAGAAAACUAACAACGACUGUGUAAUUUUGUACGAGUGGUUCGAGCGACGUGUGAAUAUUUUUUAUACCUUUUAUACAAUGUUGUUGCGCCGUUUUCUGCGUCUCGAGAAGAGCCGCACCCCAGUACUCUACGUCUUGCUCAUCGACGGUGUAAUCGAUAAGUUAGUUGCCUGGAAACAAAACUGCGAUGAACCCCUGAAGAUGAAACAGUUUUGUUGUUUCCAUUCAGCUAACAAGUGAUUUUAAAAUAUACCUCUAAUGAAAUGGGACAUUAAUUGUUAUUUAUAUUUUUCGGUAAAUGUAUUAUCCUACAAGCAAACAUUUAUAUGUAGAGUGUGUAUGUCAGAUCCUGGGUUCUUGAAAAUGUUAACUUUGAAAUGGAAAAUCCAAUUCUAUUCUUGUAAUUCUUUCAGAUCUGCUUUGGAAUUAUUCUAUGAUAAUGCUUAUUUCAUAAUGCUCGCCAAUACGUCUUCCAGACCAUUCUCUCUAAUGGAUCUCUUUCUCAUACAGUGUAAAUAUCUGUAGCCAAAGACUUAAAUAAAUGAUAGCAACUGUUCGAACUCUGGAA